GGCUGAGGCUGCUUCUGCACCACCCCUCUCAUUUCUCCACAGUCAACAGGAAGACUGGAGGCCGAGCAGAGCCGCAGAGCACUCGGCAGGAGAGGAAGGACGCAGAGGUCCACCGGCACAGUCAGGGCAAGAGGAGAACAACAAAGGCAGAGGAAUGAGUAAGAAUCAGAAAGAAGUCAAGAAAAUCCAGACGGCCUAUCUGCAGAACUUGGAAAAACUAAACCAGGGGAUAAAGCCAGAGAAAAAAGUCUGGAAGCCUAAAGAAGGAGACUUUGCUGUGCAAACAGCGAUGGACAAGCAGCGGCAGCCGGCCGUGGCGGGGCCGGCAGCGAAGAGCUCGGCUCACAGGAUCAGCAGAGACCUGACCUGCUCCAUCUGCCUGGACCUCUUCAAGCAGCCGGUGUCCCUGCCCUGCGAUCACACCUUCUGUCACGUCUGCAUCGAGGGCUACUGGGCCGGACCCCGGAACCCGGGCCAGGGGGGCACCGGCUCCUGUCCCCAGUGUCGGAAGGUGUACCCCGGGCAGAGCUACAGGCCCAACCGCAUCGUGGCCAACAUCGUGGAGAGCUACUGCCAGGGCCUGGAGGAGAGCGGGACGGGAGCCUGCCCGGCGGAUGGCGGGCCGGCGGAGAGGGCCCCGGCGCCCGUCCCACACUGCAGCCGGCACAGGGAGGAGCUGAAGCUGUACUGCGAGGAGGACCAGGAGCUGGUGUGUCUGGUGUGCGGCGUGUCACAGGAGCACAGAAAUCACACCAUGAUGUGUGUUCAGGAGGCGGAGCAGAAGUACAGGGCGUCGCUGAACAGCUCCAUGGAUUCUUUGAAAGCUGAGCUGAACAUUGCUCUGCAGUACGACAGGGAGGCUGAAGAUGAAGUUAAAAAACUGAAGGAGCACACUGCCGACCUGAAGCAGCGGAUCGAGGCGCAGUUCAGCGACCUGCACCAGUUCCUCUACCAGGAGGAGAAGCUCCUGCAGGUGAAGCUGAAGACGGAGGAGCGGCGGGAGCUGAUCCGCCUGGACGAGCACAAGGCGCUGCUGUGCGUGGAGAUCUCCCGCCUGCAGAGGGCCGUCCACGAGAUCGAGGACAAGCUGACAGAGGUCGACCCCUUCACUCUGCUCCGGAGCAUCAAGCUGCUGCUCCAGAGGCCCUCGCUGAAGUUUGAGAAGCCCGUGUUUUCACCGCCCAGUCUGUGCGAGGGUCGCUUCGCCGGGCCUCUGCAGUACCGAGUGUGGAAAUCCAUGAAGGGGAGCAUCUAUCCAGUUCCCGCCUCCAUCACAUUCAACUCCAGCACGGCCAACCCGUGGCUCAGCCUCACCUCCUCGCUCACCUGCGUCCGCUACCAGACCUUCAACCACACCGUGGAGGACAACCCCUACAGGUUCAACGCCGCCCUGUCGCUGCUCGGCAGCCAGGGCUUCACCCACGGCCGCCACUACUGGGAGAUCGAGGUGUACAGCAGCACGGUGUGGACGGUGGGGGUGGCCCGGGAGUCGGUGCCCAGGAAGGGGGUCAUCAAAGCCCUCCCCACCAACGGCUUCUGGACCCUGUCGCUGUCCUACGGGAUCCAGUACAUGGCGGGGACGUCCCCCCCCACCGUGCUGUCCCUGGAGGAGCCGCUGGCCAGAAUCGGCGUGUAUCUGGACUACAAGAGAGGGCUGGUGUCCUUCUACAACGCCGAGAGCAUGACGCACCUCUACACCUUCAGGGAGAACUUCAGCGAAGCCCUCUACCCCUACUUCAACCUGGGCUUCCUGGAUAAAGUGCAUGAAAAUGAGCCGCUCAAAGUUUUCCUACCGAAGAUUUAACAGCUGUGGAAAAAAAAAUGGGAAAUAAAACAAAGUUCUG